CGUCUUCCGCCUCGUCUCGCCUCUCGGACUCUCGGCAGUCUCGGCUUGGCUCGGCUCGGCUUUCGGCUUGACAGAUACCGACCAUGGAACAAAUUUUUAGAUGAUCAAGCAUUACGAUUGGCGAUACUGACAUUACUGAGACCCAGGUUGCCAGGUUGCCAAGGAAACCGCAGCUUUCAAAUCUGUCGUAAUGGCCGCUAACGCCGACGAAGACAAAGUUUUUCGCAUAAACAACCGUUUAUGUCACUUUUCAAGAAAUGGAGCGUAUCUGGCGGUGGCGUUUCAAACGAAUCUGCUCAUAAAGGAUGCGAGGACUCUCUGUACCUGUCAGUCAUUCGUAUUCACGGACGUGAUACAGUAUAUGGAGUGGUCUUUAAACAGCGAAUAUAUUCUUUGCGCGAAUAUAAAAAGAGCUAUUGUUCAGGUAUAUUCGAUACGCGAUCCCCAAUGGAAAUGUAAACUUACCGAGGGCAGUGCGGGUUUGCAAAGCGUUACCUGGUCCCCAGAUAGUAAAAACAUUUGCACCAUAGCAGAUUUUAACAUUCAAAUAUCCAUUUGGAACUUGGAAGAACAGACCGUGUCGCAUAUACAGAAUGUAAAAUCGUCUUCCUUUGAUAAAUUACAUUUUAGUCCCAACUGUAAGAGAUUAGCAGUAAUAAUUACGGAAGAAGGUCAAGAUACGGUAGAGAUUUACAAAACUGAGAACUGGAAGAUAAGCCGAAAACUUAUCUGCGAUCGUUUACACGGCAUCGACGGGAUUCGCUGGUCACCGAACGACGAAUUGUUAUGCAUAUGGUGUUCCUCUCCCGCCGAACCUAAGCUGAUCGUUUAUUCCAUCGCGUUGGAGAAACACGUGGCGGCGUUUUCCCCGCUGGAAACAGUCCAGCCCGCGUCUGAGGCAUGCAGCUAUGGGAAGGAGCUGAGAGGAAUUGAAUAUGUCGAAUGGAUCCCCAGCGGACAGCUGUUGGCUGUAAUCGGGUUUAACGAAGUGGUCGUCCUUCUUAAUUAUAUCACAUGGCAACCGUUGUCGAAGUUAUAUAUGGAUCCAGUAAUCAGGGAAUGUAAUUAUUUAACGAAAGUAUACAAGGAAUGCGCCGAUUCGGAGAAAGUUUCUAAUAAACGUUUCGCAUCCUGCGAGGAAUGCGUGUUACGUGAGAUACAUGAACGGCCCAUCUGCAUUGAAAUUGGAAAGAAGGACAAUAACGACAAUUUUUCGGUAGCGAAGAUUAAACUGUUUGAAUUUAGCUCAUGUGGACAAUAUCUGGCUCUGAAACACGAGCUUUAUCCUACUACAUUGUGGAUAUGGGACAUCUGUACGGAUUAUCUGGAUUAUUUGCUACUUGAAAAUCCCAUUACAGCUAUCAAAUGGAGUCCCGUUCACCCACGAUUGCUUGUACUUUCCGAGUGUACACGCGUGUACGAAUGGACUCGAAAAGGCGCAAGCUCUGUGCCAAUGUCUAAAAAUAUGUCGGUUGUAGACGCGUAUUGGCAUCCUUUGGGAGAAAAGGCUGCAUUGUGCGGCUAUAAUAAAGCGAUGAUUUAUGAAACUACAAAUACAUCUUAAUAAAUAAUAAUAGUUGUUUUGAUUCAAAUCCGUAAUAUAUUUAUAAAUAAUGU